GAUCUGGGGUGCGGGUGGCCUCCCUUUCCAACCUUCAUUAAAUGAUGCCCUUGGCCACACCAGAAGUAUCUAGGUGAACAGACAUAAAUGCUUCACAUCUCAGAGCCACCACAGCUAAACCCUCCAGCACAUUCUAAGACUUGACUCUCCCCCACAGCUAAACCCUCCAGGACAUUCUAAGAAAAACUUGAUUCUCACUCCCUCUUGGGGCUUCCUCCCCUCUUUGUAGGAUGGACGAGGAGUCGCCAGAUGGGCUGCUCUUCAAAGACCUUGACUUCUCUUCUGACUUGCUGAGGCAACUCAAUGGCUUAAGACAAGAUGGGAUCCUGACAGAUGUGAGCAUCUGUGUGGGUACCUGGGUGGUGCCCUGCCACCGAAACGUGCUGGCCUCCAGCAGCCCCUACUUCAGGGCCAUGUUCUGCAGCAACUUCAGGGAGAGCAGUGAGUCCAAAGUUCAGCUGAAAGGCAUCGACCCCACCACUCUGGACCAGAUCAUCCUGUAUGUCUAUACCGGCAAGGUGCACAUCACAGCUGAGAGAGCUCUCCCUUUGAUGGAGGCAGCUUCCAUGUUGCAAUAUCCCAAGCUCUUUGAGGCCUGCUCUUCGUACCUCCAGAGCCAGCUGACCCCCAGCAAUUGCCUGGGCAUGAUCAGACUCUCUGAAAUCUUAAGUUGUGAGACCCUCAAGAAGAAAGCGAGGGAGGUGGCCCUAAAGUAUUUCCCAGAGGUGGCCUCAUCGGCCGACCUGAAAGAACUCUGUGCUUUGGAGUUGAAAGAUUACCUCGGAGACGAUGGGCUCUGUGGGGAGGAGGAAAAGGUGUUUGAGGCUCUCAUGGUUUGGAUCAAGCAUGACCUCGAGGCCCGGAAACGCUAUGUGCAGGAACUGUUCAAGCAGGUCAGGCUUCAGUAUGUCCACCCGGCCUUCUUCUACCAUUUCAUAGCCAGCGACGCCCUCCUUCAAACCUCACCUGCAUGCCAGGCCAUCUUGGAGACAGCCAAGAGGCAGGUGUUUUCUUUGUAUGGCACCACUGCCCCAGACCUCAAACCCCUGUGUCAUGUCCCUCCAAGAAAGUCUUACCAAGAUUUCCUCAUCCUCUUGGGUGGAAGGAAGGACAACCAGCAGACCACCAGGGAUGUUCUGCUCUACAACGGACAGACCGACCAAUGGCAGGACCUUGCCAAACUCCCGACCCGGCUGUACAAGGCCUCGGCCGUCACCUUGCACCGCAGUGUCUACGUCAUUGGGGGCAUGGCCAUCAGGUCACAGAAGAGUCUAGCCAGCCCCAACGUUUACAUCUUCUCCCUAAAACUCAAUCAGUGGCAGCUAGGGGAACCUAUGCUGGUGGCCCGCUACUCUCACAGAAGCGCUGCCCAUAAGAACUUCAUCUUCUCCAUCGGGGGGCUUGGAGACAGGCAGGAGGUCAUAGGCUCCAUGGAGAGAUAUGACAGCAUCUGCAAUGUCUGGGAGAGUAUGGCCAGAAUGCCAGUGGGUGUUCUCCACCCUGCAGUUGCUGUGAAAGACCAAAGACUCUACCUCUUUGGGGGAGAGGACAUCAUGCAGAACCCUGUGCGCCUUAUUCAGGUUUAUCACAUUUCCAGAAACACAUGGUUCAAAAUGGAGACAAGAAUGAUCAAGAAUGUGUGUGCCCCUGCAGUGGUGCUUGGGGAACGGAUUGUCAUCGUGGGAGGUUACACACGGAGGAUUCUUUCUUACGACCCUCAGUCCAACAAGUUUGUCAAGUGUGCGGACAUGAAAGACCGGAGGAUGCACCACGGGGCCACGGUGAUUGGGAACAAGCUCUACGUGACAGGUGGGCGGAGGCUGACCGUGGACUGCAGCAUUGAGGACUCGGACGCCUUUGACUGCUACGACCCCGAGACAGACACAUGGACAUCCCAGGGACAGCUGCCUCACAAACUCUUUGACCAUGCCUGCCUCACUCUGCAGUGCAUACCCCACAGGUCUGCCUUCCCCUGAGGUGGACGCAAACCCUUCCAUCUUAGUCAAAAUGUUUGCUGUUGCAAGUAACAGAAAACCAAAAAAAGAAACCAAACCCGUUGCCAUCAAGUCGAUUCUGACUCAUGACGACCCCACGUGUUACAGAGUAGAACUGUGCUCCAUAGAAUUUUCUUGGCUGUAAUCUUUACAGAGCGGAUUCCAAAGCCUUUCUUUCAUGGUGCCGCUGGGUGGGUUUGAACUGCCAACCUUUAGGUUUGUAGCUGAGAGCAAACCAUUUGUGCCACCCAGGGACGUUAAGUGACAGAAACCCAACUACAAAUAGCUGAGAUUUAAAAGGAUUCACGGAGAGCUCACAAGAUGAGG